AGGGGGUCGGGCUCGGGAGGUGCACGUGACCGAGGAGGGCCCUGUGUGGGCCACGCCUCCUUUGAGACAGGGGGGGCUCCCCCCUGCUGGCGCCCCCCUACCCCUCCCAGGGCUGGGGGAAGAGUGACAGCCUUGCCCCACCUCAGGUGCAGCCCAGGGGGGCAGCAUGGCCGCCCUGAGCCUUGGGGAGCAUGGAGGGUUCCGUCCCCUCUGCCCAGGGAAGCAGCAUCCCUAGCAGUUGCCAUGGCAACAAGGAGGCAGUGAGGGGGAGGCCGGUCCCUCGAAGUGACAGCUGACCUGCCCCCCAGGGCAGGGCAGCCACCACACCCCCUGCUCAGCCCGCACCUUUCCCUGCCAUGGCCCCGCUCAGGGGCUGCUCAGGGCUGCUCCUGACCUUGACCUUGACCUUGCCCUGGGCCCUGGCCCCGAGCCCCUUCCCCGGAGCCUCCUUCUUCCCCCACUGGGACUACUGCGUGCUGGGCGCGGGGCCCGCGGGCCUGCAGAUGGCCCAUUUCCUGGGGCAGGCGGGCCGGAGCUACGUGGUGCUGGAGCGGGCGGCCGCCCCGGGCAGCUUCUUCACCCACUACCCGCGCCACCGUAGGCUCAUCAGCAUCAACAAGCGGUACACGGGCAAGGUCAACAGCGAGUUCAACCUGCGCCACGACUGGAACUCGCUGCUGAGCUCCGAGCCACGCCUGCUCUUCCGUCACUACUCCGCUGCCUACUUCCCCCACGCGCGGGACAUGGUGCGCUACCUGGGCGACUUCGCCGACCGCCUGGGGCUGCAGGUGCGCUACAACACGGCCAUCGUGCGCGUCACACUCAGCAAGCACCCGCGCGCCUGGAACGGCCACUUCUUCAUCCUCACUGACCACCGCGGCCAGGGCUACCAGUGCAGUGUGCUCUUGGUGGCUACAGGUGUGUCAAUCCCCAAUGAGAUCGACUUCCUAGGAUCGGAAUAUGUAGAGGGCUAUGAGUCGGUGUCCAUUGACCCAGAGGACUUUGCAGGCCAAAACGUGCUGAUCCUGGGCCGUGGGAACUCAGCCUUUGAGACAGCGGAAAACAUCCUCGGUCAUACCAACUUCAUCCACAUGGUGGGCCGCUCCCGUAUCCGCCUCUCCUGGGCUACCCACUAUGUUGGGGACCUGAGAGCAAUCAACAAUGGUCUCCUGGACACCUACCAGCUGAAGUCGCUGGACGGGCUGAUAGAAGUCGACCUGAAGGACAUAGCGGUCGUGAAGGACAGCGAGGGCCGGCUGCGCAUCACCCUGCCCAUCCUCGUGGAGAGAGCCGACAAGAACGCCUCGGCCCAGGCCGUCCCCCUCCCCCAGGACGAAGUGGACAACUUUGCCAUGCGCGUGCCCUACGACCGCGUGAUCCGCUGCCUGGGCUUCACCUUUGACUUCUCCAUCUUCAGCGACACGCUCGGACUGGCCCCAGGGAAAGGGCGGAAAAAGAAGUACCCACUGAUCAAAGCCAGUUAUGAGUCCAAAGGGACCCGCGGGCUCUUUGUCCUCGGUACCGCCAGCCACUCUGUGGACUACAGGAAAUCUGCCGGAGGUUUCAUCCACGGCUUCAGAUACACAGCCCGAGUGGUUCACCGAUUAUUAGAGCAUCGUCAUCACGGCAUCCCCUGGCCCUCCCUCGUGUAUCCCAUCACACAGCUCACCAACACCAUCAUCCGCAGGGUGAACGAGGCCUCGGGCUUAUACCAGAUGUUCAGCGUGCUGGCCGACAUCAUCCUGCUGAAGGAGAAGGCCACAGGCUUUGAGUACCUGGAGGAGUACCCCAUCAGGAUGUUGGCUGAGCUGGAGACCCUCACUGGGAGGGAGGCCCGGCACGGGCUCUUUGUUGUCACCAUGGAGUACGGCAAGAACUUCUCCGGACCCGACAAGGACGUUUUCCAUUUUGACCGGGCUGUGUGGGAUGUAGAAGAUGCAUGGCAGUCCAACUUCCUUCACCCAGUCAUCUAUUACUAUCACUGUCUCCCCACGGAGAAGGAGAUGGCAUCCCGGGCCCCAGGCUGGCCCCUGCCACGCCCAGUCGCCAUCCACCACAUUGUGGAAGAUUUUCUCACAGACUGGACGGCACCCAUUGCCCACAUCCUCCCCCUGAGGCGUUUCUUGGAGAACUGCCUGAACACUGACCUCCGGAGUUUCUAUGCAGAGUCCUGUUUCCUGUUUGCUCUGACGCGCCAGAAGCUGCCUCCCUUCUGCCAGCAUGGGUACAUGAACAUGCAAGGGCUCAUGGGAAACGAGGAGCUUAGGCGCCACGGGAUCGAAAGCGGCCUCAUGGAGGACUACAGUGCCAUCGAUGAACAGCCAGCUGACCAAAAGCCAGGAGACCCUGCGACUCCAGUUCACCCAUCCCAGCAUGCCACCAGCAUCAAGGAAGAACUCUGACCUAUGAGAGAGCCCAGCUAGGGUCCUGACCCAGGGCCCCUUCCACAGGCUUCCAAAGACCCACUCACACCAUUGUUAGUGACAGGACCAAAGCAAUGUGGAGGAGGAGGAGGGGCAGGGAAGGGGGGGGGCCCUCCAUCCAGAUCCCCUGAGAUCCUCCUCCUCAGGGUUGGAGUCGUCCCACCUUGUGCCUGUCUUUGUCUAACAGUCACUGGCCCACUAUUCAACCUAAUCACGACACCUUUGACUCAGCUGUUCACUCUCCCUCUUUGGGGAGGUCGGUUGUCUCUCUAAGGACCCAUUUCACAGGUGAUAUAUGCUGUCUUCCCAGGAGCAGCCUCCCCACUGUGUCCUGCCACAUUGGGUCUAAGAGCUCAGGGUGCCCAGGGCAGUCAGCUCCCCUCUCUUCCAGGGACCAGAGGAGGCUGAUUCCCCACAAUUACUAUCUCCACCCUGGCCCUGCAUGCAAUCCACUGUCCCAAUUUGAGCCCAGUCUGAAAUCCCUUCCCAUUAAGCCCUGCCCUCCCAGCGUCCCGCACAGCCUCCCCAACCCGUCUCCUCUCUGCGGAAUAAUGUGUAAUUAGCUCCUAACCCCAUCUCGGGGGCGUCAGGCCCGGAAUGUUUUCUGGCAGGGAGGUGGAGUCCAGAGUCCUUUUUGCUGAAGUCCAGAGGUUUCUCUUCUCUCUCCAUCUUCCGUUUUGCUUCCCGUUGUUUUUGCCAAACUUCCUCCUCUGAGAGUGCUCUUCUUCCUCAACAAGUCAGUGCAUGGGUCCCCUGCCUUUAUCCUCCAGGCACCAGAGGUCCCAUUUCAGUACUGCUUUACAGUCUACAGAGGCUGGGGUGCGGGUAUCAUCACCCCCAUAUCACAGAUAGGGAAGCCGAGGCCCAAGAGGUUGAGUGACUUGCCCAAAUUCACACAGGGAUUUGGUACCAGAACUAGGAUUUGCACUCAGGUCUUCUGACUUACAGUGCUCUGCUUCCUCUUUUGUACCAAGCCACUUAAACCCUUACAUAAAUAAAGAAACCACUUUUCUAUUUUGUCUGGAUCACAAGUGAAGCAUUUGCGAAUUAGGGAGGACUCCAGCUGGAAGAUGGAGGUAACCUUCCAGAGCUCACCUGGUGGAGGGCAGAGCAGUUCUCUUGCCCAAAGCAACGUGUGAACAGUCUUUUUUCCUCCCUCAAGGUUGGGCAGGUAGCACUCAGUCUUCUUCCUGGUUCUUCAUCGUACACCAGCACAGGGCAGCUCUUUCCAAAGGCCAAGGUGGGCCCUCCUUGAGUUCCAUGGCCUGGGGCUCCCACCCACCCCUUCUCUCUGCCCUGUAGAUUCCUUAGCACCCUGUAGGCAGAGGCCUGUCUGCGUUAGGGUGGAUACAGCAAAAUCCUCAAAGCUCCCGUCAGGCAGGGAGGAGUCAUCAGCAGCAAAAGUGAGAAAUGACCUAAGACCAUAGAUGGGUUAAGUUGUGCCCGGAUGCUUUUCAGGGUAGUCACAAGUAAGGGAGAAGAGUUGGUGGUAUCCCAUGCGAAUUCUAAGUUAAAACAAGACAGCAUUUGGGGACCACAUGGCUUCUUCUGGUCCUCUGUAAAUCUGUAAGACUGAGCUUGAUCUUGAAUCUUGAUGUUGUCCCCAUAGCUCCUGCCCAGUCGAGCUACAAACUUUCAUCAGAGGCAAUUUAAAGUCAGCUUGGUCAAUAAAAGUCCAAGCUGCUAUCAUCACCACUGAUUUACUGUUGUCUAAGUAUGACAUCUGCUCUUUUUCUUCAGCUGCUUAUUCAAUCAGCACUCCCACCAAACUGAUUCACUUUUAAUAAAACCAUGAUUCCAUUGUC